AUGGAACAGAAAACCGCCACGGAUGCUCCACCGGAGAAGCGCCUGCACCGGGUGCGUGAAUUCACCGGCAGCGUCAUCUUGGCCGACCUGGCGACCGCGACCGUUGUUGGCGCAACCGCGGCGAUUCCCAUCUCCAUCAUCGACUACAGCAUCAUGGCGCGCGUGGCGGGGGUGACGGACAGUAGCAUGCGCGAGCUUUGGCGUGGCACCAAGACGCUGCUGCUGCGCCCACACCGCUUCUUCCUGCCGAGCGCUGAGAACAAGUGCAGCCUCGUGUUCGGCGUCUGCUUCGUGGUGUACACCGCCACUUACAUCGGCUCCAACAUGACGAAGAGCUACUGCCAGGCGAACGGCUACAGCGAUGCGUCCGGCAACUUCGCGGCCGGCAUCGCGAGCGGCGUCAUGAACACCAUCACGACGGUCUGGAAGGACAGCAUCAUCCUCCGAUCGCUGCCACCGGUGAGCGCGGAGACGAGGGCUGCUGCCCUCAAGCCCGUGCCGUGGAUGACGCGUGGGCUGUUCUGCGCCCGCGACACGCUCACCUGUGUUGCCGCCUUCACCAUUGCCCCAAUGGUUGGCGCAUGGCUCUCCAAGUACUGCUGGAACCCCGCGGAGAACGCGAAGCUGCAGCCUCCGCCUUCGGUGGAGGGCAAGGUGAAGAUGCCGCUGCCAAACAUGGACAUGGCGCAGAUUCUCACGCCGGCUGUGCUGCAGUUCGUGACGACGCUGAUGCACAUUACCGCCAUCCGCUACCGCCAGACGUACCCCAACUUCAACAUGAAGGACCUGAAUGAGAGUCUGCGGCAGACGUACUUGUCGUCCACGAUGCUGCGCAUCGUCCGCAUCCUACCCUCCUUCGGCCUGGGCGCCAUAUUCAACCGCGAACUGCGGUCGAAUCUCCUUGACAUCGCGGAGGGGCCCACGAAGUGA